AUGGCGAACCUCGCCUCGACAUACUCGAAGCAGGGCCGGUGGACAGAGGCGGAGGGGCUGCAGGUUGCGGUGGUGGAGACGAGCAAGCGGGUGCUCGGCGAGGAGCAUCCCGCAACGUUGACGAGCAUGGCGAACCUCGCCUCGACGUACAGGAACCAGGGCCGGUGGACAGAGGCGGAGGGGCUGCAGGUUGCGGUGGUGGAGACGAGCAAGCGGUUGCUUGGCGAGGAGCAUCCCUCCACGCUGACGUGGAUGGCGAACCUCGCCACCACGUACUCGACGCAGGGCCGGUGGACAGAGGCAGAGGGGCUGGAGGUUGCGGUGAUGGAGACGAGCAAGCGGUUGCUUGGCGAGGAGCAUCCCUCCACGCUGACGUGGAUGGCGAACCUCGCCACCACGUACUCGACGCAGGGCCGGUGGACAGAGGCAGAGGGGCUGGAGGUUGCGGUGAUGGAGACGAGCAAGCGGGUGCUCGGCGAGGAGCAUCCCUCCACGCUGAGGAGCAUGGCGAACCUCGCCUCGAUGUACUGGAACCAGGGCCGCAAGCGGUUGCUUGGCGAGGAGCAUCCCUCCACGCUGACGUGGAUGGCGAACCUCGCCACCACGUACUCGACGCAGGGCCGGUGGACAGAGGCAGAGGGGCUGGAGGUUGCGGUGGUGGAGACGAGCAAGCGGGUGCUUGGCGAGGAGCAUCCCUCCACGCUGACGUGGAUGGCGAACCUCGCCACCACGUACUCGACGCAGGGCCGGUGGACAGAGGCAGAGGGGCUGGAGGUUGCGGUGAUGGAGACGAGCAAGCGGGUGCUCGGCGAGGAACAUCCAUCCACACUAACAAUGAUGGCGAACCUCGCCUUCAUGUACAAGCGCCAGGGCCGGUGGACGGAGGCGGAGGGGCUGGAGGUUGCGGUGGUGGAGACGAGCAAGCGGGUGCUUGGCGAGGAGCAUCCUGACACGCUGACGAUGAUGGGGAACCUCGCCUCGACGUACUCGAAGCAGGGCCGGUGGACAGAGGCGGAGGGGCUGGAGGUUGCGGUGGUGGAGACGAGCAAGCGGGUGCUUGGUGAGGAGCAUCCUGAUACGCUGACGAGCAUCGCGAACCUCGCCUCGACGUACUGGGCCCAGGGCCGGUGGACAGAGGUGGAGGAGCUGCAGGUAGCGGUGAUGGAGAUGAGCAAGCGGGUGCUUGGCGAGGAGCAUCCUGACACACUGACGAGGAUAGCCAUCCUCGCCUUCAUAUACGAGAGCCAGGGCCGGUGGACAGAGGCGGAGGGGCUGCAGGUAGCGGUGGUGGAGACGAGCAAGCGGGUGCUCGGCGAUGAACAUCCUGACACGCAGAGGAGUAUAGAUAACCUCACCGUGAUGCAAAGAAAACAGGGCCGCAGGACAGAUUCCUCAGAACUUUCGGAAAUACCCAUGAGCCACCGUGACGCGUCCCGCCAGGGAAGUUCUGGUCAAUCCCCGCAUCCGCCACCAAGGUCCCCUUAA